UGUCGGAGGCGUCUCCGUUCGCACAGUGCUCGACGUCGAGCAGUCCGCGUACGUUCGCAACAACGUUCCAGCAUAUUAACGCGGCGGCAGAUCGGACGCAUCGCACGCGACCGCGGCACCGUGUUCCUACGUGCGUGAGACACGGGUCCUUGCUUCCUUCCGGUAACGCCGACUGCUCCCGCACGGGGUGGUGAAGGCGAGCAGCGUGCGGGUUACGCGUCGGCCGCGGUCGACGCGAAAGCGACGUGAGAAGCAGCGGCGAGCGGUGCCCGGAGAGAAAGGGAGAGAGAGAGGGAGAGUGAGAGAGAGAAAGAGAGAGGAGGAGAGGGAGAGAAAGAGAUAGUGUGUCCGGUACGUGAUAUUCUCCAAGAGUUCUCGCGACGCCGCGUGCCUCUUCCGCUCUCCUCCGUCCCUUCGUUCCCUUCUUCUCCUCCCUCUCCCUCUUCUCUCCGUCCAGCUUUCGCUCCAAAUUCGUCCGUUUGCACCACCAUCGUUGUUGCCUCUUUUUUCUCUCGUUCGCUCCCUCCCCUAACCUCCCGUCGUCUCUCUGUCUCUCUACGCUUUUUCGUCCCGGUAAUUCUUUCACGGCACCGUCGGUGAGAUGACCGGUCGCGCCUCGGGACGACGGCGACGACGUGCCUGGCGUUGUUGGUGCACGUUCCUCUGACGAGCACGAGAGACGCGCGGCGAGACUCGGCACGUCCAUCGCAGCCCUCGCUACUAUGAUAAUAACGAGAGGCACGGCGACGGCGGUGGCGGCAAGGUGGGCGCUUCUCCUCGAGCGAGAGACGCUCGGCCGAACUUACCACAACGGUGGACAACGGCGAUCGGCGGUGACCCGUAGCGACCUGACUACGGCGAUGUUGUCUCUUUGCGGCCGUACGCGCUCAGCACACGACAGCGGCAGAAUCGACAGCAGCAACAACACCGUCACCUUCGUAGGCACCAGGCCGCAGUGGACCACCGGCAGCAGCUGCACAGUCGCGUAUUAUUAUUGCCAGCGUCGCGCCGGUGAUAUCGCUGUAACGUCGGACCGCACGUUGCUCGUCGACGACCACGAGGACGACCCGAUAGCGCGAGCAUCUCCGAGUCAGCGGCGAGACGACGAGGAGGACGCGAACGAGGCAGCAGCCGUGAUCGGCCGCCUUCUCAACCGCCGGGAUAGACUGCGUUGUUGCGCGUGACCAAG